AUGCAGUUCAUCAAGACCCUCCUCGUCCUCGCCACCGCGACCGUUGGCAUGACCGCCGUCGCCGCGCCCAAGGCCGACAACGACGUCGUCGUCAAGGCAGUCUUCGACCAGAGUUGCAGCUGCACCCAGACCGUCACUGUUGUCUCGGGCACCACCACUCUGACCUCGCCCACCGCCGCCGGCGUACCCCCGGCUGCGACCACCUCGUCCUCCUGCACCGACACCAGCACCGGCACCGGCACUAUCCCCGCUGGCGUCCCUCCCGUCACCACUCAGACUAGCAUCGCCACACCUCCUGGCGCUCCCACUCCCAGCGGUGGCGGCAACGGUGGUUCGGGCUCAGGCACCCCGCCUGCCGUCUCUACUACCACCACCACGACCCCUGGCGCCCACCCUUCUGGCACGACUGGCACGGGCACGGGUACCACUGUCAGCCACUCGGGCUCGACCACCACCGUCAGCGGCACGUCCAGCGGACCUUCCAGCACUGACACCGAGUCGCAGCCCCCGGCAUCCUCGACCGAGGCCCCUCCCAGCCCCACCGCCGGUGCUGCCCACGCAACAGGUGCCGUCGGCCUCGCCCUUCUUGGUGGCGCCCUCGCCUUGAUCAUCUAA